GAACAAGACACAACCACCAGUCUUGAUACAGUAUUGAUACCUGUAUAUGUUCUUCGUUCCAAACCGAGACCGGAUUUUCCACCCUCUAAACCAACGAACAAUGUCGAGGAUGUUUGCAUCGAAGUGCUGUGGCAGUACCAAUCUGCGUCACUGCUCCUCGUUGUUCGCACCGCGCCCACUAGCUCCAACGACAACGGCAACGGCGUCCUUCGCGCAACAGUCACAGUCACAGCCACAGCCACCCAAACGGUGGGCCCAUACGGUCCGGUUGAUCGCCAUGGAGGACCUGCCCCACGGAAAGGCCUACAAGGGAGAUGUCGUGACUGUCAAGGCAGGAUACGCAAGGAACCACCUCGUCCCGCAGAAACUGGCUUUGUAUGCGACCCCCCAAAACUUUUCGAAACUGGGAAUCGUUGAUCCGGACUUUGAGACGGAGGAGGAACGCAUUGCUCGGCUCCAACGAGAAUCCAACAUGACUGCGGCGGAGGACAGGUACCUCAAGGAUUCGGAUCUGUUGAAAAAGUACCUGAGAAACAAGGUGGUAAGUUGCGUUGUUGGCUGUGUUUGGUUGUGUUUGGUCGCGUUGCUGUUUUGCUUUGCAGAGAACUGCAAUGUUUCUUUUCUAAAAACAAGGAAUGCACCUUUAUGAACUGCUCUGUGCAAUUAAUUUAUUCAUGCAACACUAUCUUUGCACUCUUCCUUCGGAUAUCUGGUACCCGUAGCUCCAAAUAUGGCGCAACGUGGAUCCAAACAGCACCGACAGCCUGCACCCUGGAGUGGUCACGGCCGAGCACGUUCGACAAAAGCUCUCGAAGCAGCUCAGAAUCGAUCUAGACGAUAGCGAACCCGUUCACAUCCUCCGCACAGCUUCCCCGCCGUCGUCGCCAUCGGAGGAAACAACGCCGUCUUCCACUACCACCACAACGAAUCCCCUCAACUUUGCCGAACUGGACGAUUCCAAGAUUCAGGCACUGGCCGACGACCUGGUCCCGGUCGUGGACGAGGAGGGAAGGUGUUUGAUCCGAAUCAACCGCCUCGGAGAGUACCUAGCGGUGAUUGGCCUCAAGGGUGGCUACGCGGUCCCACUUCGGGUCCUGGUCCGCCAGCGCGUGUAAACGAAGGAAUAGACACGGGAAAGAACA